AAGGGACGGGGGAAGGGGCGUGGCGGAGAACAUGAGACGCCUCAUCGCCGUUACCAGGGUGUUUGGUGCUGGGCGGUGACAUCACGUCUACCCGCCUCCUCGGUCACGGCGCUGCUGCUGUGUGGAGGAUAAUGACAGAGGGACACGGGCGGCCCGGGGGGUGACCGUCCUGCAACCGGGAGCCGGCGGCUGUGAGACGCACACACCACCGGAGAGGUGUGUAUAUACUCAGGCGCUCCCAUCAGUACGGACAUGGAGACCAACUUGCAGAAGAGGAAGGAGACCCGCAAGGCGCUGCGUAUAAAAGUGAUCAGUAUGGGGAACGCUGAAGUGGGGAAGAGCUGCAUCAUAAAGCGUUACUGCGAGAAAAGAUUUGUCCCCAAGUACCAGACCACCAUAGGGAUCGAUUACGGUGUGACAAAAGUACAAAUAAGAGAGCGAGAAAUCAAAGUGAAUAUAUUUGACAUGGCGGGCCAUCCGUUCUUCUAUGAGGUCCGCAACGAGUUCUAUAAGGACACGCAAGGGGUCGUACUGGUGUACGACGUCGGCCAGAAGGAGUCCUUUGACAGCCUCGAUGCCUGGUUGGCAGAGAUGAAACAGGAACUCGGUCCACAGGGGAACAUCGAGAACAUGGUUUUUGCGGUCUGCGCAAACAAGAUUGACUGUACGAAGCAUCGCUGCGUGGAUGAGAGCGAGGGGCGCCUCUGGGCAGAGAGCCGGGGCUUUCUGUAUUUUGAAACCUCGGCCCAGAGCGGAGAAGGAAUUAAUGAGAUGUUCCAGGCCUUUUACUCAGCCAUUGUGGAUUUGUGUGACAAUGGGGGGAAGAGGCCAAUGUCUUCCAUUAAUAUUGGCUUCACCAAAGAACAGGCAGAUACUAUACGAAGGAUUCGCAGCAGCAAGGACAGCUGGGACAUGCUGGGGGUGAAGCCGGGAGCCACCAGGGAAGAAGUGAACAAAGCUUAUCGCAAGCUGGCGGUGCUCCUUCACCCCGACAAAUGUGUGGCCCCCGGGAGCGAGGACGCGUUCAAGGCGGUAGUGAACGCUCGCACGGCCCUGCUGAAGAACAUAAAAUAGCGUCUACAGGUUCCGUCUUCCACGCACACCAUCAGAGAUGCCAUUGAGGUCCUCCAACCAGACUUUUCCAGCACUAGAAGAUUGUAACGGGGGGGAGGGGGGGUUCUUUUCUGUUCUAUUGCAUGCAGACAGUCUGUGCGCUCUUCCACUCACUGACACCUGUGAUUCUGCACAGGGGGGGCCGGCUCCUGUAUGUACUCAGUUAUUGUGGUAUAAGCACAAACAUCAGGUCAGAGUUCCGUUACCUCUCUUGUGUGCUCCACUCUUUGCCGUAUGGAUGGUUCUGUGUCUGUGAGCGAUUGGGGUGAUAUGAUAGUAAGUGGAAGCAAUACUCGACUUCACACCUAUAAAGGCAACAAUGAUUUUAUAGGGAAUCGAUCUUAUUAACCUAGCGUGUUGACUGUGAGCGCUCCAGACUGCGCUGUGUUGCAGAUGGAUCCCAUCAUUAAAUAAUGUGAGAUUUUAGGUUUCCAUCUUCCUCUGUCUGUCCCUCCAUUGCUGAUUUAUUCUAUAACGCUGGUCGCACAGUAUAGUACAUUGAUCUUAUGCAGUGGAGUGGAGAGAAUUGGUGGAACCCUGUAAUAUGCUACAAAAUGGGAAGGACGGCGAUUGCUGAGUCAGACAGCCGUUAGCCCCUCAUUGUGUGCAUAUAAAUGAUCUUAGAGAUGGAUGAAAAUGCAAAGCCGCACGCAAGCAGCUUUCCAUUCCCGUCCGAUAUCCAGGAGGGACAUGCAGAAGAGAGAUGCCUCCUGCAUGUGACUGAGACCCAAGCACUGAGAGUGACGUCCCAAGCUGGGAUCCAACAUUGCAACCAUCGGUAGCUGGCCAGCUGAGUAAGCCUCAGCUUGCGCAGCUGACAGGCUGAAGCGGGGUGGUGGGGGGGGGGGGGGUGAGGCCAUGCAGACCCCUGGCUCUCUCCUCCUAGAAAACAUGGGCAACACGCCCCCGUUUCUAGGAAAGCGGCCCUUCCUCCCCCGACAUCAAUGCUGGUGCCUGAUUGACAGAGGGGAAGUGUGGGCGAGAUCGCAAGGCUCGUUCUGCGCAGGACCUGCGCCAACCUCUGAAUCAGGCCCCUUUGAGUCUACACAAACAUGAUGGUUGGAGGUACCUUUAAAAAGGAUUACAGAAGUUUAUGUUGUAAAAAUAUAUAUAUAUAUCUUAAAUUAUUUGUUAAAUAAAAAUCACAUAACCGAAUAUUUUGUAAUUUAAUGAGAGGAGCGAGAGAGUUUUUUUCGUGUUCUUCCUAGGGAUUAUAUGCAAACUGAUCCUGUUCAGGGGAAUGGACGUCUGGGAAAUUCCUUUUAUAUGGCUUCCCCGGGGGCCUGUGCUGUAGUCACUGGGGUCCUAAAGUCUGUUACGGACUUGUGCUUACUUUUAUUUAUUUUAUUGCUCUUUAUUUAAAUCCAAAAUGUUGAGUUCUAACCUCAUAGCUCAUCAAAGGAAUACACGUUUCAGACUGUUGCCAAAGCAGCCAAUGAUAGACAUAGAUUCUACCUCCACCGGCACCUAGGAACCGCAGCGGAUUUACAGGGCAGCUAAACCACAUAACAUGAUAUGUUGUUAUAUGAAUCUUUCUUUUCCGUUACCUAGGAGACCGCAAUCCUAUUGACAGAAUGUUUACCAUUUAUAUGCAUUUCCUCAUUAAAGAAGACUGCUCAAUUUCCUUUUAUUUUUUGACCUAAAGCAGCGAAAUGUACUUGUUUUUUUAAUGUUUUUUUAACCAUCUAGGCAGGUCAUUGGCAGGUGUGAGCAGCGAUCGUGUAAAUGUAUCAGUUCUGUGAAGAAAAAUAAAACUAUAAUUAGCCACUAAAUGAUGACGUCAGAAGAUAGUUUACGAUGAUGGGCGCUGAUAUUUUUCAUUAUAAAUUUUUAUUAAAAUUUUUUUCACAAAAGGAGGAAAACUAGCAGGAAACGUGUUGCGCAGCAAUAUCCUAUGUGACGUUCGGUAAUUGCUAGCCACUAUCUCUUAUAUUUACGGACACUUCUAAAACUGUUUCUGUUCCACAAGAUUGUGAGAGAGCAAGUGUGAUGCUGGCCUUCAGACAGGGAACAAAACCAUAGCCAAGAAAUGACAGAACUGUGACAAAGUGGAGAGAGAUAAAGGACCAACCAAUCAGCUCCUGACCUUUUUAAAACGCAGCCUGUACCGUGGCAGUUAGGAGCCGAUUGGCUGGUUCUUUGGGGGUCAUUCCGAGUUGAUCGCUUGCUAGCUGUUUUUAGCAGCCGUGCAAAUGCUAUGCCGCCGCCCACUGGGAGUGUAUUUUAGCUUAGCAGAAGUGCGAAUGAAAGGAUCGCACAGCGGAUGCAAAAUCUUUUUGUGCAGUUUCAGAGUACCUUCAGACCUACUCGGCACUUGCGAUCACUUCAGACUGUUCAGUUCCUGUUUUGACGUCACGAACACGCCCUGCGUUCGCCCAGCCACGCCUGCGUUUUUCCUGGAACGCCUGCGUUUUUUCGAACACUCCCUGAAAACAGUCAAUUGACACCCAGAUACGCCCACUUCCUGUCAAUCAUUCUGCGGCCAGCAGUGCGACUGAAAAGCUACGCUAGACCUUGUGUGAAACUACAUCGGCCGUUGUGAAAGUACGUCGCGCGUGCGCAUUGCGCCGGGGUUUUUUUUUGCAUCAUCGCUGCGCAGCGAACAUUUUCAGCUAGCGAUCAACUCGGAAUGACCCCCACUAUCCCUGUGCUCAUUAUCUCUCUCCAAGCGUUGAUAAAUCUCCCCCUCAGUUAUGAAUGACUGUAGCGCAGAAAAUUCCGUUCCACUUUACAAUUGUAACAACAGUGAUGAAACAAAACUGGGCAAUAACAGACAGACCUAGAUGUAGGAGGGCCCUGCUCGCAAGCUUACACUCUAUAGGAUCUAUACAUUCUAAAGUUCAGCGCUUGCUCCCCUAAUACACUUUACAGUAAUAUAUUAGGCUUGGGAGGGUAUUUUGCCAAAGCUUGGAGAGAGAUAAAAUUGGUUGGUACUUUAUCUUUCACAAUCAGCUCCUAAUUGUAAUUUUUCAAACAGCCUGUAAAAUGUAAAGCCCAGUACCCACGGGCCGAUCAAGGAGAGAUGCGUGCUGAGCGAACCGCUCAGCACACAUCUCUCCUGCCGCUCAGCACAGCGCGAUCUGUGCUGAGCGUGCGGGGGGAGACGGGGGGGCCGCUCACUUCACCCAGCGGGUGAAGUGAGCGACCCGCUAGAUUGGCCUGCAUGCAGGCCAAUCUAGCAGCGGCGAUAGCGAUGUGCGGGGCCGCGCAUCGCUAUCGCCGAGGGGGCUACACACGGAGCGAUCCUGCCGAUAUUCUAAGCAAUCUAGUCAGAUUGCUUAGAAUAUCGCUCCGUGAGUACCCCCCUUAAGGCAGAAGCGGAUUGGCUGGUACUUUAUCUCUCUCAAUUUUAUCGCUCGAUGAGCUUUGAUAAAUACCCCCCUUCGUGUGUAACGGAGUAUAUGGUUUGGUGCAUCAUUAUUUUCUGGGUUCUAUAUGAGUGUAAGCAGUAUGAACCAGACCAAGCAGAGCUGUGUGUUAUUAUUUCCCAAACUGUGACUGUCGCAAGGGAUUGUGCCGCUGCGUCUGUAGGAGGAAGGAAUGGUAGGGAAGUUCUGCAUGAAAUUCUCAUUGAUCCCUUUUGUGUUGUGUUAUACUAUUGUGAUCCUACUGUUGUGCACAUUAUGGUUUUCCUGCAGCAAAGUUUUUGUACCGCACAAGCUUCUGUGAUAUAUAAAAGUCUUAAUUACUA